GCCGAUAACAGCAGCAGUAGCCUAUUCUGACGCCUGAAUACUGCGCUCAUUCCCGAAACCAGACCCGCACUAAAAGCCGAAUAAAGCAGCUCGUCCACCCGCCGGAGACAGCUCAGGAACAGAGGAACCUCAUCUCGGAUAUUUCCCAUCCACAGCGUCUUGGCUCGGAACGGCUCUCUGUUUGGUGAGAUGCCCGGCUGGCCGCUGACGGGCUGCGGGACAGAAUGAGGAUCGGCCUCGGUGUCAUCCCGCAGCCCGAACCCGCCUGCUCGGGACUUCCUGGCCUCAACAAACAGAUCCGUUUCGGACCAGAAGACCUGCCUGGGGAUGUCUCAUAAUGCCAAAGGGUUUAAAGAAGAAGAAAGAUGAGGGUUCCCUUGGAUUGACUGGAACAAUGCGAAAGGAAGUGCGGCGGAGGAUCGACAACAGGGUUUCCGAAAACCUCGAGCAGGAGAUGCUCCACAGGGCGUCUGCUGGAGUCUGUCAGCUGCAGGGAAUUAUGAAUUUUCAAACGCUGGAGUAGGGAUUUUAUGAUAGUCAAGAGUGGAGUUGACACACUGAUGAAAUAAACAGCAUCUGAAUGGUGAUGAACCCACGUCUGUGGAAAACAAGGAGACAUGACAUGCACAAGAAAAAGGAGGAAACGCAGCUUUAGCUUCUGUAAAACCUUUGUUUUUUAAAGGGGGUCCGCAACAGGCUUCCUAGACACCCUUUUUCCACAGACUUGGAGGACUGACACUGCUGCAUUUCGUAUUUAUCUUUUGUUUUCCAGCUUGUCAUUUUUAAGUGGGAACAGCCAGGUGGAUCGUUGUAGCCCGUAUUUUAUGUAGACUGCAACAGAACAGACGGCCUGCCUGCCAUAUAGUGUGGAGGACAAGCAGCCCCACAGCAGGGAUCGGGAGGUUAGAAGACGUGUCACAGAGGGACCCCGCUCAAAAUGGGGCGAUGUGGACUGAUGUGUUCCUAUUCCUUGUGAACUGCAAAAAGGAAGCAACCACGAGGACGAAGGAUCAACUAGCAGGCGGAGGAGGUGGUGGGGGAGUGGCGUCAGAAGAAAAGGUGGUAUGGCUGGGGGUGUGUUCGGGAUGGCGAAUGGGAAUGAAAGCAGCGAAGGGCCUGCUGGGCCCAUGGCAGCGGUGGUGGCAACGGCAGGAGGUGUUGUAGCGGAUAGUCCUUCGUCGGCUGUCUCUACCUACAUCAAACUGGUGCUACUGGGGCUGAUCAUCUGCAUCAGCCUGGUGGGCAACCUGGUGGUGUCUCUGCUCGUACUGCGGGACCGGGCACUGCAUAAAGCACCUUACUACUUCCUGCUGGACUUGUGUCUGGCCGACACCAUCCGCUCAGCCAUCUGCUUCCCCUUUGUUCUGGUGUCUAUUAAGAACGGUUCGGCCUGGACCUACAGCGUGCUGAGCUGCAAGGUGGUGGCAUUCAUGGCAGUGUUGUUCUGCUUCCAUGCCGCCUUCAUGCUGUUCUGCAUUAGCGUAACUCGCUAUAUGGCCAUUGCACACCACCGCUUUUACUCAAAACGUAUGACAUUUUGGACAUGUGUGGCAGUGGUGUGCAUGGUUUGGACCCUGUCAGUGGCUAUGGCUUUUCCUCCUGUCUUUGACGUGGGCACCUAUAAAUUCAUUCGAGAGGAGGACCAGUGCAUCUUUGAGCACCGCUACUUCAAGGCUAAUGAUACGCUAGGCUUCAUGCUAAUGCUGGCUGUGCUCAUUCUAGCCACACAUGUUGUCUAUAUGAAGUUACUCCUCUUUGAGUACAAGCAUCGCAAGAUGAAGCCAGUCCAGAUGGUGCCAGCCAUCAGUCAGAACUGGACCUUCCACGGGCCGGGGGCCACCGGCCAAGCAGCAGCAAACUGGAUUGCAGGCUUUGGCAGGGGCCCAAUGCCGCCAACUCUGCUGGGAAUCCGGCAGAACUUGCACAACCAGAACCGGCGCCUAUUGGGCAUGGAGGAGUUCAAAGCUGAGAAGCAGCUUGGCAGGAUGUUCUACGUGAUCACCCUGCUGUUCCUGGUGCUGUGGUCUCCCUACAUAGUGGCUUGCUAUUGGAGAGUAUUUGUCAAGGCUUGCACAAUUCCACACCGGUACCUCUCCACCACGGUGUGGAUGAGUUUCGCCCAAGCCGGGGUCAACCCUAUUGUCUGUUUCUUCCUGAACAAAGACUUGAAGAAAGGGCUCCUUUCCCACCUACCAGCCUGCUGCAGGACUAAACCUCAUCUGCCACGAGAGCCUUAUUGUGUCAUGUAAGCAGAGAUGAUGAUCUAGAAGAGAAAAUCGAGGGGGAAGCCAACAGACGUGUUGUGGGAGUGUUGCUUGAGUUAUUUAGGCAUUUGAUUCAAUGCAAGCUACAUUUAAGUCAUGGGUGUAAACAGUAGGGGGUAAUGGUAAAAACACUGGAAUGGUAAGCAUGUGUUUUCAUCUACCAAACCCUUUGUCACUCAAAACAACAGCAUACAUGAAGUCAGACCCUUACUUUUGGUUAUUAGAGACAAACUUUAAUAGCAGAACAUUGUGGAAACCAAGCCAGAUUACAUAAGCAGUUUUGCUAAGAAUGUCAACGUGGCCAAUAAGAGGGGUUUGAAACAAAGGAUGUUUUGGUAAGCUUUGUGACAAGAAAUUACAAGGACAUUGAAGCAUUUUUUUCCCCAUUUUAAAUAGCUAAAUUUUACUAACAUGCUGCAGUAGGUAGGCAAACCCAGAUAGGAUUAUUUAUUAAACACUGAGAGGAAAUUAGAGAGAGAUGCAACCUAAUUGAGUCUAAUAUGAACCGCAGACAGGCUGUUUGUGGUCAUCCGGUUUGGUACUUGACAAAAAUGACUGUCGGGGUCUAAAAGCAUAUUGUUUGGAUUUUCUGACACAUUUUAUCCAAAUGUAGUCUCUGUUAUUUUCAGCUCUAUCGUUAUGAAAUAUUAAAUUGCAGCCUAAGUAUUACGUGUUGGACAGUAUAGGACAUAAAGGCACCCCAAAGAGUGACAUUAUGAAGAGUGACCUUUUAUCAGGGGCAAGGGAGAUGUUAUAAACUGACCGUACAAACGCUCUUCACCAAAUAAGGAACAUAAAGUUACUGUUUCUGUGUCCGACAUAACCUCAAGGGACAAAAACACCAGCUUUGAUGUCCUUCCUUCGUUGUCACUGUUGACGAGUUAUUCAUGUCUACUUCUUGAUAUUAACUAAGACAAAUAUGGUAACUUCUGCAGAUAUGUGCCAUCAAAACAUGUGUGUCUUUUAAUUCUGUGCAUAUACUGUAUUUCAGACAAAAGAUUAUCUCAGUUACAGUAGCAGAAGCUUCCAUCCAACCAUAUUUUAUGGCUCGUGAUAGCACAGUGCCCAGUUGCAUAAAAUGCGUCUCUAAAAUCUCUUCAAGCU